AGGAGGAUUCACGGCUCCCUUUCACCUGCGUGUCGCCUGAAUAACACGAAGUAUCGAGCCAGUCUCGUAGUUUCGACAGUUGGCCCGCGCCUCGUUCAAUGAGCGUCCGCUGCCCGCGUGAGUAACACGCUCGCGCACAAACCGUUGACCUCCGCCGCCGCGGAGCGGAGUCACUAGCUGCUUGUUGUUGUCGCUUUGAGAGAAGAAGAAGAAGAAAAAAGUUUUUAACGAAGAUCGGAAAGGAAAGUCAGUAACGCGAGACAGAUGGCGACGAAUCGACGGCUGGGGACGGACACGAAGUGGAUCCCGUCCGUUUGAUGUCACCGCGAUUAACGAUCCAGCGAGACGGAAGAAUAACGCACCGAAUAAUAUGCUCUCGUCUUAGCAGCAACAACAGGGGGUAGAGAAAAGAGAAGGGAAAAAAAUACCGAGAACCGUCAUCGGUAUUUUCUCAAGCUGCGCUAUGUUAGAGACGGUCACCGGGAGACGCGGAACCGAGCCGUGACGUUUAAGUAAGUUAACGCUCGCUAACUAGUUAGUGUUCGCUAACGGGCUUUAGCCUCACCACCACCCCCACCCGUUCGCAGAGAGGAUGACGGGUCACCGACACGCGUCGCGACGUAACCGUGGUUUCGGUGGAGGAAUUCGAGACGAGUAGCCAGCUCGCUAGUCAUGUUCCCCGGUUGCUCUUUAACUAGCCGAUUGACAACUCUGUGAUCCCGACUGUCUCUGCGCUCGAUGGACGCGGACAGUAGCGCGCUAACAAAGCGAUGCUUUGUUGUUGGAUAGCGGGGCCAGCGGGCACCGACACACGGGCAGCAACGCCGAUAUUAUUAUUGCUGAGCUAAUACAGCAGGUCUCCGUCACAGAGGGGAUUUUUGUGUGUGGGGGUGAAAAGAGAGAGAGAGAGAGAGAGGAAGAAGAGAAGACUUGAGAAGACACCCUACAAAGAGAUCCUGAAGGCUACCUGAUGACGCUGGACAACAUGAAGUCGGAGCGAGAUGCCAUGGAGGAGUUUUUCGAGUACGACGCCGAUGAGUUCCUGGGGUUCCUGACCUUGCUCAUCACCGAAGGACGGACGCCGGAGUAUUCCGUGAAGGGCAGAACCGAGGGGCUCCACUGUCCACCGGCCCAGUCGGCCAUGCCGCCUCAUCACAAGCACGAGUGCAGCGACAAACUGCCCCAGUGUCGGCAGGCGAGGCGAACCCGUUCGGAGGUGAUCCUGCUUUGGAGGAACAGCAUCCCCAUCAUGAUCGAGGUCAUGCUCCUGCCAGACUGUUGCUAUGGUGACGAGUGCCCCCCGAGUGACCCCAUCAGCGACCCGAUCAUCAAACAAGACGCUCUGCUGCUGGAGAGAUGGACCCUGCAGCCCAUUCCAAGACAAAGCGGCGACCGCUCCGCCGAAGAGAAGACGCUGCUGUUGGCCGUUCGCUCGUACGUCUUCUUCUCUCAGCUCAGCGCCUGGCUCAGCGCCUCCCACGGCAUCGUGCCGAGGAACAUCUUGUACAGGAUCAGUGCUGCCGAUGAGGACUUGGUGUGGCAGUUCUCCCAGCCGCCUUCAGAGCACGUCUUUCCGGUCCCGAACGUCUCCCAGAGCGUCGCCUUGCAGGUUCGCGUCCAGUCGCUGCCGCGCCAACCCACCUACCCCACCCUGGCCUGCAGCAUCCACACGGGCCUGCCGCCGCUCUACAGCAAGACCCCCGGCCUCAACCCGACCCUCAGCAACAGCCACGGCGGCCCGCCCGCCCACCGGAAGAGUCGGGACGACCUGCUGCACGACUCCGACGCGUACGGCAAGAGCUCCGCGUCCGGCCUGCUCCUCAACGGACUGCCGGUUCCUCACCUGCCCAUCAACGACAUCCCCGUCAGCAGCCUUCCCCACACCGCCGUUCCCUCGCCGUACGCCAAGACGAGCCAUGAGGCGGGCGAGGGCCGCGCGUAUCGGAGCGGAGAGCUUCCCCAGGUCGACGCCCCCCGGCGCCAGGGCUCCCCUCUGUUCCACAGGCCCUCCCGCUCCCCCACGCCCUCGCGUUCGCCCUCGCCGCUCCCCGCGAGCAAGGCCGGGAAGUGGCUGUACUCGGCGCUCAACGGUUCGGCCGACCCCGCCCUGGCGGAGGACUACGGGCUCGGCGGUGAUCGGUCCAAGCGGCCCGUCCCCGAGCCACUCAGAGCUUUUAAGAACUUCUCCCUGGCCGAGCCGCCGCGCUGCCCCUCCCCGAGGCCCGCCAACGAAACAAACCCCCUGAUUGGCUCCCUGCUGCAGGAGAGACAGGAAGUGAUCGCCCGCAUCGCACAGAGGCUCAACUUCUGCGACCCGACGGCGCCGCCGCUGCCCCCGGGCCUCUUUGCCCCCGACAACCCCCCCAAAGCCACGUGGGGCAGCAGCCGUCGCCACGACGACGACGUGACCGCCAGUAAGACCAAAGAGCCCGAGGUCCCGCCCAACACGCCCGUGAGUGACACCUCCUCCAGCAAGUGGGAGCGCUCCUCCCCGAAGCCCUCGGCGUGCAGGAAGCUGAAAAUGACGGAGACGAGAGACGCAGAGGACGAGAAGGAGAGGGAGAAAGAGAGGGAGAGGGAGAGGGAGAAAGAGAAAGAGAAAGAGAGGGAGAGGGAGAGGGAGAAAGAGAGGGAGAGGGACGGCUCCCUGAUCGCCCAGGCGGUGCACGACAUCGCCCGCCUCAUCCAGGAGAGACUGUCCGUCCCCGCUCUGUCCCACAGCCGCCUGCACCACACGCACACGACCACGGUCACGCGCACGGUCCGCACGUACACGCACGCCACGCACAUCCCACACGCCGCCGCCACCGCCACGCGCACGCCCGUUUGCACAGAGGAGCCCCGAGGUGAGCCGGGGACGCGGCGCCAUUGCCCCGCGGCCACAAACGGCGCUCACUUUCCACUUGAAGAAGCCUCGCCGAAAGACCAGCGCCACCACGCCCAGGCCGGGCGCCGUUUACGAACUCCCCCCCCGCAGGAAAAGCGAGUAUUCGGGACCCUCGGCAACCACGAAAGCCCUUCUGCCUCCCGCGCGCUGGAGGACGGCGGCCCCACGCACGCCCAGACCUCGAGCUGGACCCGCAGCACGCCGCCGCUUCAGGCCCAGAGGCAGCUCGGUGCUCUGGCCUCCGCCCCGCAGGAUGAGAACCGGGCGCCCUCCAUCACCUCCAGUCCAGAGGCGACUCCCCCGUCUCCUGUCCUGCGAGCCCACGGCCCCUCGCCGCUUCACCCCUGCAACGGCUGGAAGAAACACGAUCAUCACCGCUCGCUGGACGCCACAGUGACCAACGCCUUCCACCCCUGUACGGGCCUGCCGCUGCUCUCCAGCCCCGUUCCUCAGAGGAAAAACCAGACGGGCUCCUUUGACCUGGACACGUCUGUGGCCGGCUGUAAGGGUUUGCCUUGGGCCUUUGGGAAAAGGGUGUGUCCCAAGAGAGAGGGGGACGCCGAUGAGUCGCAGCAGCUGCUCAUUGCCAGCGCUCCACCUGCCAGUCUCAGUCUGCUGGGAAACUUUGAGGAGUGUGUGCUGAACUACCGCCUGGAGCCUCUGGGGUUCGUGGAGGGCUUCACAGCAGAGGUGGGAGCCAGCGGGUCCUUCUGCCCCAGUCACCUGACCUUACCUGUGGAGGUGUCCUUCUACAGUGUAUCCGACGACAACGCUCCCUCGCCGUAUAUGGGUGUGAUCAAUCUGGAGUCCCUGGGGAAAAGGGGCUACCGCGUACCGCCAUCAGGAACCAUUCAAGUGACCUUAUUCAAUCCCAACAAGACAGUGGUGAAGAUGUUUGUUGUGAUGUACGACCUCCGAGCCAUGCCGGCCGGACACCAGACGUUCCUGCGCCAGAGGACCUUCUCUGUUCCCGUCCGCCGCGACACAAUCAGUCAGAGCAGCAGGAAGGCCCUCGGCCAGGCACGCACCUUGCGCUACCUCGUUAAUCUGAGGUUCCAGAGUUCUAAGUCUGGGAAGAUCUACCUCCAUCGGGACAUCCGUCUGCUGUUCUCCAGGAAGUCCAUGGAGGUUGACAGCGGCGCCGCCUACGAGCUCCAGUCCUCCACAGAGUCCCCGAUAGACCCGCCAUUCUCGCCCCGCUGCUGAGACACAAACCCCCCCCGCCUCCCCUUCGCCCUCCUCCACCUGGCGGGCGACCACCGAAGCGCCGACGAUACACUCUUGCACAACCCGCGGCGAGAUAAACCGCUCUAAAAAAGGAUUUUUUUUAAGGACUGCAGUCGACGAGACUCACCUGGCGUGGGCCCCACAAUCUUAUGUUUCAUCCCUCCUGUCACCCAGAACUGAAAAGGGGUGUGGGGGGGGGGGGGCGGAGCCAAGAGCAUGGGAGACUUGUUGUCAAUGGUGUUCUUUGUUAACGGAACAAAGAGGUCGAGUCGUAGGUUACAAUUAUAAAGUAAGAAGGCCGGACCGGAUCUGAUGGGUCCUUCUUGUUCCUGCUGUUGUGUGUUUCCCCUCCAGCGUCUGGCCGGAGAGGAGAGACCAGAAGCAGAGAGACACUGGGAAUAUUUCGAGCAGAGUUUUUUUCGUCUACUUUGCUCAACUCAAAAUGUGAAUUGGACCUGUACUCAACAUGAUGCAUCGGUGUUCAGUCACUUCUAAAUUAGUUAUAAAUGCAAUUCAAGGCCCCUUUUUUAAUGGUAAAACGUUUAGUUUUGAAAUCCUCGAAGAGGCGAACGAUUAAUCCGAUUGGUUCCUGAGCUCGGAGGGAAGAGGAGGCGGGAGGCAGACGGGUCGUUCAAAAGAGAAACACACCGCGGACCACUAAAGAAGUCGAACGGGCGACUGCAGCUCCAUUCAACUGACAUCAUCACAGCUAAACAUCAAAAGUGCACUGUGGAAUUGUUUUUUUUUCUCAUUAGAACUGGAAAUGAAACAGAAAAAUAGUAAUAUUCUAAUACUUUUGUACUGUUACAGAACCACUUUACUGGAAGUGUUGCAAUAGAAAAGAGUAAUCUCUAGUUUAGUGUUUACACAUUCACUUUCAGUUUACUUACCAUCUGUUUAUUUAAUAUUUAAAUUAAUAUUUCAGUUACUACUUGUGACGUCUGUCAUGCUAAGUUGAUGUAGUGCAAACUGUAUAUCAUAGUAUGUAUUUUUGACAUUAAUAUUCAAAUCUGAAAAAAUAUAUAUCUAUCUUCUAAAGCAA